UCCGCCCCGGCUGCUUGCGCCGUUACCAUAACUAAGCCAGGGGAGCGGGGGUCGAGAGACGGCGGCUUCUGCUUCCCGGGGGCUGCUGGCUCGGCCUAGUGGUGGCGGGGCCUCCGGUGCUCCGUCUCGGGGAUUGCCGAUGCCUCCUCCCCGCCGAAGGUACCCGCAGAGCGGGUGUGUGGCGGUUGGGGGCGGCGGGAGGGGGCCAUAGGCAAUUUCCUCCCUCGCCUGUGAUCAUUUUUGCCAAAUGAAACGAGGUGGCACUUCAUAUUUCAGUAUGAAUCGAUUUGAAGGUAUAUCAGACAGUGAAGUGGAUCAUGCUUUCUUUGACAGUGAUGUUGAAGAGGAGAAAAAGAAGGCUGAAGAAAACAGUGAAUGUAAAGAGAAAGGAAGAACAAAAGCAGCUCUUGCUGAAGAAAAUGGUAAAUGUGUAGAGAAAGAAAGUACAAAAGCAGCUCUUGCUGAAGAAAAUGGUAAAUGUGUAGAGAAAGAAAGUACAAAAGCAGCUCUUGCUGAAGAAAAUGGUAAAUGUAUAGAGAAAGAAAGUACAAAAGCAGCUCUUGCAGACUCUGAUUUAGUUUCUAAUUCAAAGGGUGCAAAGUGUUGUGAGAGGAAAAGUGAAGAAAAGCAGAAAGAUUUCCAGAAGGAUCAGUCUUUAGAAAAGAGCAUAGAUCAUUUUGGUAAUGCUUCAUCUUUGUCAGUUUCUCCAGUUGCAGAGAAUGCAGGUACAUCUGGAGUGACACCUGCAACAAGUAGAGGAACACAGGAAAAUGUUCCUGCUGGAAUCCCCAAAAUAGUUAAAGAAGGUGAAGAAGAUUAUUAUACAGAUGAAGAAGAUAGUAGUGACGAUGGCAAAACCCAGAAGGUUAGACUAAAGUCAUCUAAGCAGUCAAACAACACAAAAAAGGUUAGCAAAAAAUACACUACUAUCAGCUCCUCCUCUUCUUCUUCGUCCUCCUCCUCAUCUUCCUCAUCUUCAUCCUCAAGCUCAGAAACUGAUUGUUCUGAUACAGAUUCUGAUAGCUGUUUAUCAAAUUCAUCUCAUUCUUCCUCAAAGAGGAAUGCUUGUAGGAAUGCUCUUCUGCCUCCAAAACAAAAAUUGAAGUCAACAAUGAAAUCAACAGAAGGAAAACCAAAACUUGGUGACUAUUUGGAGGAGUCUGAAGACACAGUGACUGAUGUAACACCUUUGUCAACUCCAGACAUCAGUCCUAUCCAGUCUUUUGAACUUGCAGCAUCAAAUGAUAAGAAACUGAAAGUAAAAAGACAAGAUAACGUGAACCAAGAAUUAUAUGAUUCUGAGUUUGAUCGCAGAUACAGUCGAAAAGUCUUGCAUGAUGCCAUGGACCUGAAUCAGCUUUUGAAAGCAUUUCUGGAUUUGGAGAAAAAAGAACCAAAACUAACCAUGUAUCAGCCACCCAGAAGAAUAAGGAAAAAUUAUUCUUUCACAAAUGAAGAAGUAAGAAAGAUUGAUCGGGAAAACCAAAGGUUGCUAAAAAGACUGACCGGACAGUGUGCCAAACCAAGAAGCAGCACACUGAAGAAGUCCUCUGUACCACCUCCUAAAUUGUACCACAGUGCCCUCAACAGGCAAAAGGAGCAGCAAAGAAUUGAAAGAGAAAACCUGGAGCAGAGUGUGUCUCUUGCCGAUAGAGGACGCUGCUGAUUCAGAAAACGAUCUACCCUGGUGUUCCAAGCUACUCCCAACCCAGGCUUCUCUCCAGUGGAAAAGGAUAUAACUGAUGCGUUACUUUUUUUCCCCGUGUCUGUAUAUGUGUGUCUGUAUGGACAUAGUAGUCAUUAUUUCUACCAGUGUGAGUAAGUUCAUAAGCUAGACACUACACACCAUUUAAACUUUUAGUUGUUUAUUCUGUGAUGCAAAAAUCCAGCCUGGUAUUUAUAGGUAAGUAUUUGGGGACGUUGAAAUACAGACUUUUAUGACUACCACAUCUUUUUUCAGUCACUUAAUCUGAGCUUAGAAGUAAUUAAUAUCUGUAAAAUGGUUUUUUUGUUGAGUUUUUCUUCAAUCCUUUUAAUUAAUUCUGAAUAGAGUGUAGCUGUUAGGUGACCUUAGUGAGCUAAGCUGCUGUGUUCAACCUAGUUCCUAGGGAACAACCUUUUGAGUUCACACUGGAAGAUCUCAACACAUCUGGGACAGCAGUUUUUAAACCUUAGAUCCAGGAAGCUGAGGAUAUUGUCCUUUUAUGUGGAUAUUUGGUCUUUCCACACAUCCCUGUGCAUUCUUCCUACCACAUGCUGUUAUGACUCACUGCACAUAAGACUCCAUGUUGUUCAUUCUCCUACCUCACAAUUCCUGUAAAAUGUACCCUAAGCCUCCUAAGAGGCAACUCUAAUCCCAGGUCCAGUAUGGUCACCCUACCAUAUAAAUAAAAACAAAAAAUUCACUUACUGUGUUCCUCUGCAAGGGUUAUCUUUCUCUUUUCACUUGCUUGGUUCUCCUAGUAGUCUGUACUGCAGAUUUCAUUAAUGCUUCUCCUCAACACUUGCUAUCGUGACUGGCACCUCUACCAGCACAAAGAUCCUUCAGUGAAAUGGUUUUCCUUCUCUUGCAGUCUUGCAGAGCUGCCUUUGUCUUUCCAGAAAACCUGAACUUCCUUUAGAAAAGCAAAUACUGUAGUGCUAUAAGUGAAAGUAUAUUAGUUUCUCUGUGCUUGAUUUUGUGGUGCUGAUGGAUUGUGGCAAAUGGGUGGGGAGAAAAGAGCAAAGGCCAUCCCCCUGUCUGGCUGCCACCACGUACAAAGAAUAUAGCUUAUCUUGAGCCACAACCUUCAAUCCAGUGCUGCACUGCACUUGUUCUUCUGCUGGUGUGAUGCCACAAUCAGGGAGGUAACUUCUAGGCAUGGAAAAGAACAGGAGAGCCAGGGCAUUUGUCUAUCAACGCUGUGCAUGGGCACCUUGUACUUUCCUCUCUCUGCCUUCUCUUUUUCUUGUCUUGAGUCUUGAGAGCAUCAGGCCUUGGGUGCCACAUACUUAUGUGAUUGUAGAAAGAAUGCCAAGGUUGUUUGGCCUUACUGGUCUUGGUCUGGAGGACUAAGCUGUACAAAGUGCAGUUUUGAAAGAAUGUAGUCCUCUGCAUCUUCUUAGGAGCUCACAAAUACUUGGUUUAGUGGCUCUUUAGAAACACAGGGUUUUAUAUUUUCAGUUACCGGGUUCAAAGCCAUGUAUGCCAAGACUAAAGACAAAAUGUUGGUAGUUCCUGAGAUUACAAAGUGCACUACAAAAAGAAAAACAACCCCAAAAAAGAUGUUUUCAUGGCCUUGUCAUCUGGGGAAGCUAUCAGGAUGUGAGACUGGCAUGCAGGUGUGCCUGACUAAAAUAUACUGUGAUAUGGUGCAAAUAUGCACUUAGCCUACUUUCUUUGUGGUGAUACCAGCCACACAUAAACUUAAUAGCUCUUCAGUUUAAAAGACUUUUAUGUAGAUUGAAGAACUUUAAGAGUUUUCUGACAUCUAGAGUUUGUGUGGUGAGAGCUAUUUAAUGCAAUUAGCAAUUGAAGGUAAUUAUAAAUACAUUUAUUGAUAAGAACUGGGAGCUGCCUUUGAAUGUACCAAUAUCUACUUUUCCCCCUCCCCCACCUGGACUCUGCACAGGGUCAGUGUGGUCACUAACAUCAGUGACAUUAGAGGAGGCAUAAUAUAAAUAAAUUUGAACAGCUGUCAAGGCACAGUAGUCAAGUGCUUAGGAGUCAAAGGAGGUGAAACUGAAGCCUUCAUGUACUUAAAAAGCAAAAUAAACAAAAAAGUAAAGUUUUUUUACCUUCUUUCUGAACUCACCUUGAAUGCUGCACGUUCAGUGGUUUUUCUCCUUUCUUUUUCAACAUAGCUGCAGAAAACUGCAUACCAUAUUUUUCCUUUUUCUGACAGCAUUAGAAUUAGCUUUAGUGCUCUCCUGAUAUACCUAAAGUUGAAUUAACAGCAUUUAUCUUGGCACAUUAUAUAGCAGCAGUCUUUUGAUACAGUGUUAGAUUCCUUUUUUCUCCAGUUGUUGGCUAUCUGACAUUCCUUUCUGUUAGUGACAAUAUGUAUUUUAAUGGCUUUCUAGAUACUAAUCUGUGUCCAGAUGCCUAGAUUUAUAAAGGAUUCUCUUACUCCUAGAAGGUAAUCAUGUAGGAAUACCUUCAAUGGGGUUUUUUUGGUCUAUUUUAUUACUCUGUUUUUAUUUUAAACUCAGUAUUAUAACAAAGUAAAAGAAGAUGGGGGAAAUAGAAUGCUCAGGAGGCUUUUGCCAUCAGUGAUAUGUUAUUGUACGUGUACAGGGCUUGAAUCAAGAGCUCUGAGGAGCUACAAUGCAAUUUAGAGCAACUAAUUAUAUUCUUGCUGUUAACGUCUAUUACUGAUUUAUUUUUUACUCCUUAAAUCUUAUCAGGAUCAUCUAUUUGGUUCUGAACAGAUGGAUUAUGCUAUGUGAUCUGAAACAUUGGUCAUUAAGAUCAAUGAUGAAAUUUCUAUUUACUUUAGUGGUGCAGUAUUGAGGCUUCAGAGAUAUACCACUUGAAAAGAACAAGGGAAGUGGCAGCAUUCUCAGUCUGUUUCUCAAAAGGAGAACAUAAUGGAAGAAUUUGUGGAUUUAUGUGUAUAACUGAAAAAGAACAUUUGUUCAAGAUAUUUGUACCAUUGUGUAAGGGAGUUCCUUGGUUAAGGACCUCAAGACUGUAGAAUGAGCUUAGUUCUUAGGUUUCGUAGGUUGGCACUGCCAUUUCAGGGUGGUGACAAGUUCAUUUCUGUAGGCAGCAGGCUGUGCUCCAAACAGCAAAAUUCAUGGCAGCAUAUAGCAUGGAAGUUAACAUGCAGCAGAGGGCAAGAGAACCACAGGACUUUAUCUCAUUCUGUAGGAGAGCUUUUCUUAGAAUACUUCUGUGCCACAGAAUCUGUCUGCUCUUUUUGUAGCUCUGGGCUGUAUUAAGUCAGUGUUAACCUAUUCAAAAAGUAAAGUUUUCGUACCGAGAGAGGUCUUGGUUGGUAUUUUUCUUUAGGAAUGAGGACUUCAUGCUUGUCAAAAUACAGGCAUAAAAGCAAAAGCAGAUAAUUGUAUUUAAACUAGAAUAAAGGACUUAUAUAUAUAUAAAUAUUUUAUGUUCAGAAUGAAGCUUAAAAUUACUACAGUGUUAAAGUAUGCAAAUUCUAUGAGGCUGUUAGAGUGCAUACUCAACUCUCAAAGGGAAGUUACUUCAGUUUACCUGAUCCAUUUGUGAUUGAACUGAAUGUGUUGAAAGCAUCUUCUUUGAAUAUUGAAGGCAAAUAAGUGAUCUCUGCAAGUCUAAAUGCAUAUAGUUGUAUUGGGUGAUGUGGAUGAAGUUGUGAGUGAAACAUUGGAUGUAACAUUUAGAGACAAGUCUACCAUUUCAUGUUCUGCAACUGGCUUUAGAGAAGAGCUAUUUCUAGCUGAAGUCCUUCCUUUGACUUUUGCUUACUUAGGCAUUUCCACUUGUCGAUGAACUGACUGGCACUUGUGACAUAUUAUGUCUGAGCCAAAAUCACUUGUCCUUUCUCUCUCGUGCACUCUGCAGGUUUCCAGUGCUCAUGCAUAAGCUACUGAGAGUCUGUAGACUUGUGUCACAGCUAGACAAUGACAACUGACAUCCUGUGGCUACUAUAUUAUUUCCUAAGGCACUAACUGUAAUUUUUAACAUUCUUCUGACAAACCUAAAUUGGCCAUUCUGACAUUCUUCCUCAUGCCCAAUCAUUUAGGACAAAAUGCAGUUUAAUAGCUAUACAGAGAGAUUCUUGACUUCUACCAUAUAAGUAUGCAUCUAGGGAAUAUGUCCUUAUUAAUGGAGGUGGUUUAGUAGUUUGCAAAUUUGUGUAAUUAGGGUUUGCUUUGUGUCUCAUUGAUAGGAUGAAUGUCAUGACUCUGAAUAGCAAUGGCUGUGUCAUUGCCAAAUGUUUGUAAAGCAUCAAAUGAAUUGAAAUUAGUUACUGGAGGGAAUGUAUAGAUCUAUGCCAGACAAGCACUGGAGGCAAAAUAUAUUAAAAAGUGAAGUUGUUUAAUUGGAAGUUAUAUAUAUUUGAGUAAUUUCAAAUUUGUCAUACUGGGAGAUUCUUUUUUUAGAUUAUGUAAUUUCCUGUUUCAAGUAGUAAUAGUAGCCAUGCAGAAUGAGAAACUGUUCUUACAAAUACUAUGUAAAUAGCUGUUCUAAUGUAACAAUUGCCAGGGUUAAUUUCAACAAGAAGAAAUUAUGAUGAUAUUUUCAACUAGAAUCUCUUAAAACUAUAUUAUGGAUAAAAACAAAUAGUGCCUUGUGGAUGUUUGUACUUUCCUUUUGACAUUACUUUCACAGAAUUGAAGUCAGUAAUUCUCUCUAGGGAUCCUGUAAAGCAACAUAAAAUGGUUUAAGUAUGUUUGCAAAACAAAGAUUUUUUUUUUUUAAAGGCAACUUCUCAUCCCUCUGGAAAUUUGGGAGAGAGGAGUAACCAAAGACAGGAUUAGAAAAGUGCAGCUCAUCUUCUUACCACCUUUACUAUCACCAAACAGAUGUGGUGUUUGGUGUUAUCAUAAAGUACAGAUGUACUCAGCAUAGAACUGAUCAUAUGUAAGGAAUAGUUAGUGUUGUACGAUGACACAAACAGUGAUAAUUGAGUGUGAGCAGGAUAGCCUAUGCUGGUCAGCAAUGGAGGAGUUCACCUUGUGCAGUGCUAAAAAAUUGGGUGGUUUUUGUGGUUCAGACAAAACAAAAGUGACGCAUGUUUGUUCUGUAGCUUCUUGUUCAUUCCUUCUCUUUCUUGAUGCUAUUUUG